GGAGCUUAAUGCAAAUGCGCGAUGCUCCGAGUAGCCAUGGUGGAUGUGCCACAUGUGGCACAUCAAGCAACUGGCCGUGCACGCAUGCGGCGAGCACCAAAGGCUCCAAGGCGCUUCCUGGCAAAUGUUUGUGCUGGUCUUGGUGGCUGUGAGCUUCGCCGCCUGCUGCGGAGCUGCGGUCGUCCCCCGCGAUCAGCGUUACGCGUCUCCAGACGCCGAGCGCGGCCACAGCUGGGGCGGCGCUUGGCGCGUGAAGGUUUUCACCUCAGUCCAAGCCCCUUAAGUGCUGAUGGUUUCUUCAUCAAUGUUCAGGAAACUCUCUCCUGCCAGGCUCCGCUGCUGGGCCACAGCUUGAUGCAUCAUAGUGGCGAAGUGUAUGGCCAAGAGGCUACAAGUACUUUACCCAUUGAGAGCCUACGAGCGGUGGCGGAACAAACCUUUGGUGACCAGCCACUAUGCGUGCUAGACCUUUGUGCUGCACCUGGCAGCAAGGCUUCGCAGGUGGCUUCUCAGCUACACAUUGAUCUCCUUGUCGCGAAUGAGCCGCAAAAGACGCGGGCAGCUUUGCUUCAAGCAAACUUGCUUCGGGCAGGUGUUUCAGAAGCGCUUAUACUGUCUAUGGAUGGCACUCGCAUCGGAGCAAUCAUGCCCAAUGCCUUCGAUGUGGUGCUCGUAGAUGCGCCAUGCUCCGGUGAGGGUAACAUUCGGAAGGAUCCUUCUGCUUGGGAUCGGUGGGCUCAUAAUGAUCACCCGCAGCAGCUGCAGUCCCGCCUGAACCUGCAGAAGGACUUGAUGUCUAGUGGUUGGCAAGCUCUACGACCUGGUGGCCUGCUUGUAUAUUCGACUUGCACACUCAAUCAUGAAGAAAAUGAAAGACAGUGCUGUCAGCUGCAAGAACAGGGUGCACAGGUAGUCCGCUUGGAUGAACAGCUAGUGCCCUCAACGCCUGAAGGCUUCCUGCGGGUGUGGCCUCACUGGUUGGACGUCGAAGGCUUCUUUGUGGCUUGCUUCUACAAGGAGACUACUCAUGUGGAUCCGGCUGCACAGAUGGAUUGUUUGAGUCUUGGCAAGAUGGGUUUUCGCAGGCUGAAGACAUCGGAAGUAGCUGGGCUGCAGGAGCGAGUGUUGCAGGAGCUUCACUUCUCUUUGCCUCCAGGCAUUCCUGUGAUGGACAAGGAGGAGGAUGUUUUCCUGUUGACAAAACGGUUGCCGUUGCUGCAAAAGUUGCUGCCGCACACGCUCUUGCCGGGGAUAAGACUCCUGUCGAAGCAGCAGAUCAGCAAAGAGCUCCGUUUGGUCGCUGGCGGCAACCUUUCCUCAGAGGAGUGGUUGGACUUAUACAAAAGCGCUGGAGGUGGCUUGGGUGCUUCAAGCUUAUCUCUGAAAUCCGCGGUGGAUGCACCUACGGCGUGGAAAGCCUUUCAGGAGAUGAAACAGCAGCGCCUUGAGCCUGACAUUGUCAGUUACAAUACGUUGCUCAAUGCUUUUGCCAAAGAUUCUGAUGGAGCCGGAGCGCAAGAGGUGUUCAACGAGAUGACCGAUGUCUCUGUAACGCCCGGGGUGGUGAGCUUUUCGGUGCUCAUCGAAGCUCAUGCCAGGGCAGGACAUCGGAAGGCGGCAGAACAGGCGUUCCGCAUUAUGCAAGAGCUCGGACUGCAGCCAAAUGAGGUCACUUAUACAGCUUUGCUGCGUGCUCGACUUCUUUCUGGUGAUCUUUUAGGUGCUGAAGACCUUCAAAAUGAGCUGAACGUGGUGGGCUAUACGCUUCUGAUCGAUGCAUAUGCAAGGGUGGGCAAUGUCGAAAAAGCUGAAGCGGCAGUUGAUGCACUGUCUAUGAACGCGGCACCAAAUCUGGCUACCUACACCGCCUUGAUGAAAGCCUAUUCACGGGCGCACCAGCUGCAAGGGGCAGAGGCAGUGAUGAGCCGUAUGAAAGCUCAAGGAUUGGAACCCAACUCAAUUACCUAUGUGACUUUGAUCGCCGCACAUGGCAAGGCAAAAAGUUUGCAGAGAGCGGAGGAACUUUACAAGGAGCAAGGUCCGAAUUUGGCAAGUGCGACAGCAAUGAUUGGCGCUUAUGGCAGGCAAGCCUCAAGCUUCUGUAGCGAACGAAGUGAGUACACUGGGGGUGGUCGCGUACGUGGACAACUCCGGAGAGGUGAACCCAGAGCCUGGUGGGGGAGAGCGACAAAAAGAGGGCCAAAGAUGCUGAAAGAGCGCAAGGAGUGUUUGACGAGCUUUGUGCACAGACUGUCAGGCCAGAUGCUAUUUGCUGCCGGCAGCUGUCACAGGCCUUAACCGGGGCACGUCCGCAGAGCGAGAGAAAAGUCUAUUGCAAAUUGCAGCCCUCAGUCCUGCUCAGCAGAGAAAGAAUCUGCAAUGCAAGCAGAAAUGCCUUUGAAGCAAGCAUUGCAAGCCACGGGCGUGCUCGGCAAUUUUGCGCAGAAGGGUGCUGUUCUGGGUUCUUUGCUGG